CCGUCGUUCAACCAUAUCCUUUCACCUCUUCAGCACCUCAACAUAAUUCCCUAGCCAGCCUGUUCAGUUACUUCGAAUGCAAUACGGCAGAUGGAUGGCUAACCACCAUGCACGCCAGACUCCGGCUGGUCUCUUUGCGGCGACCGGUGGAGGGAAAGAAGCACCGUGUCUUUGCAUCAUUUGUGCCUCCCAUCGUUUCCGUCUUCUCGCGCCAACCAGACUGGAUGAAGCAUUAUGUAGACAUCCCAAACACAUUGAUUGUGAUGCACUCCAUAAGAAUAUUGGUUGUGAAAUCGGAACACUUGUCUGUGUGCAGUCUCAUAUUGCUAAUCAAACGGACCAAGGUACUUUCUUUUCGACAUAAUAAUUUAUUUAUUGAUGUUACCAACGAUUGAUGACCUUCUAGCUAAAAUGAUUCUCAAUGAUAAGGGUUAUGUAUUGUUCUCUCUGUCUCCCAUACCCACGAGGCGCGAUUGGAAAAUAUGACCUUAUUAGAUAAGGGUGUGUUUUCAUCCUUCCUUGUCUUGUCAUGAAAGGAUAAAGUUGGAUAGGGGAGUUUUCAGUCUCAGUUGAAUACUAAAAUCUUUGCUCUUGAUUAUAGAUCUUAUCAUAGAAGGCAUUUGUGUUUGAUUGUGAAAUUGUAGUUGGAGAUCAUAGAAAGAGGCUACUUACAUUUGAGGUAGUAAUAUUCUUCUAAUUCACUGCUGAUAGAGUCAUUCAGUCACUGACCAAAUAGUCAUUCUACAUCGGAUGUUUUGAAAAUUUUCACCAUGCUAUGUAUAUUUCAUUAGCAAGCAAAUUAUUGUUUGUUUUAUGUUCUCAAGGGAGCAAAAAUAGUUCAACAGCCAAGAUUUGAGCUCUAUUUAACCUCCAGACUUUUCUUGCAACUCUUUUAAACACAAAUCCAUUAAAAGGUUUCAAAUACAAUUGUGAUUUUUUUCUAAGCUUUAUUUUCAAAUAUUAGCCUGGCUUGUUAUGGGCAUCAUCCUGGUAUUCCUGGCUAGCCAUCUUCUAUGUUAUUAAUUAUGAUGAUACAUAACACUUACUACGUAUUUGUUAUGCUUUUAUUACAGCUUCCAUCAUUUGUGCUUGUUUUUUUUGUUGGAAUUUUACUUAGUGUGAGCAUAUAUAGCUAAUGAGAUUUUAAUCAACUUAAUUAUUCCGUUUACGUUUUCAGGGUUUCAGUUUAUCAUUCCGGUUUACAAGAAUUUAGAAUUAUCAUUCUAUUCUAACAUGAGUUGCAGUUUUAUAUUUCUACAUUCUUCCAGUGUGUGAUGGUUUUGCACUCAUAACGUAUAUUAUUAAAAGCACUCAUAAAAAACCAGACACUUAUGCGUUCAGUGGACAAAAACAAACAAAAAAUACAAGAACAAUACAUAUACUUCUGAUGUGCACAGACGCAGUCACACACCUCUGAUGUGCAUACAAAAAUACAAGUGGGGUGGCUAUAACAACCUUAGUAUAACGGUUCUCCACACUCCUUAGAAAUGGUACCUUAUGUGCCUGUUUUGCUUCCACUUGCUCCUACCAUACCGACUGCUUUUAUUUGUAAUUUAUGAAACAAGCCAAGCUCAUUAUGACUCAGACGUGUUGAUUAAGAAAUAAGUUGUUUGUAUGAGAGCAUUAGGGGGGCUCUACUAGAAGCAUAUGCAUCAUGCAUGCCAAACCUUUCUAAUGUUUUUUCUUUCUCCAUUACGCGUAUACCUCAAACUCGCAGUAUCCACCUUGUAGGGCAAGUUAGUCUUCAUGUUGCUAGAAGGGUUGUUCAAUCCGUUAGUGACUAAGUUGUUAAUACAGGCUUGAUUAGAGGAGUAAAACACCUAACUUUAUUUUUCUUUUCCAGUUUCACCUUAGAUGUUUACCUCUAACUUAUUUUGGGUCUCUGAUCUUUUGUUGUCCGCCAAUUUCUCAUUUCAGUCAUUUGUACCCUUACUAAACAAGUUCUUUACCCGACCGACAACUUAUUUAAGCAUUCCUAUUAAAUCUUCUUAACCUCGGAUAAACUUUGUGUGAUUUCCUGGAGAUGGCAAGGAUAAAUCUUCAGGCAAGGAUUUAAUGUUGAUGUAAUGUGUGAUUUCCUGGAGAUGGCAACUCAAAACCCAUCGAUGUUCCGUUUAUGCCUUUUGAUGGCAAUGUUUGGAAUGUGAAAGAAGCUUGUCUCUACAGAGGGAUGCUUGACAUAGUGGUAUGGUAUAAUACUCACAUAUGCUCCCCCUACACAUGGAAAAAAAUUCGUUCUCAUUGGGUAUGUUGAUCUCCUUUAUUCUUUUUCAACAAACAAGCUAAAUACUUUACUGAGCUUCUUAAAACUUUGGACCACCAUAUAGAGACGCCUAAGAAUUUCAAGAUAGAUGGGAAUCGGGGUACUGUUUCCUUCAUAACUUCAAUAAUGGAGCACUUAUGUGCAGCUUGCAACACACCGAGACUUUUUCAAAUUGCGGAUUAUAAGUUAUGCGGUUUUGGUCCCUUUGAGGUGAAAUUCUCUCCUCAUGCACACACAACGACUUUACUUGUGCUCCAUAGUUCUGGCCUCUAGGCCUCUCGAUCUGGCUACCAAUUUUUAUUUUUUAUUUUUUUUUGUUUUUUUUUUUUUGCCGGGGAACACCUCCCUAAUUUAUUUAAAUAAAGUUUGAGUACAUGGAAUUGAGAUUACAUCUGGCUACCAGUUUAUAGAUUUUAGUUUUGCUAUUUUAAGAGAUUUAUUAUAAUGUGCUAAAAUGUAAUCACACCUCAACUAAUACUAUUAUUUGAAAAUCUCCAAGAAAAACACAAAACCAUUUUAUACUUUGAGGCUGCAUUCUUUCUUCAAUUAUAGUUUGAUAAUUGAUAAUUGGUAGUUUGAUACUUUGAUGUUGAACCACUGCGAUUGAUAGUUUGAUACUUUAAGGCAGAACCACUACGAGUAUAUUUUCUUUCUUGGUUGAUGAAUAAAACUGUUAUAAUAAAGUGUUGAGUGUUGACAAUAUUUUUGAGAGGGAGGAAUACCAUUUGGCCCCAGAAGGAGUGAACAUUCAGACUGAUGUUGUUCUGCUAAUUGGAAUUGCAUUGUCUUUGGUACCCUCAAAGGCUUUAAAGCCCCUGUUUGUGCAUAGAAAGUACAAUGUUUUGUUACUUUGCUUAGGUUUUAUUUUGUUUCUCAGUAACAUGAAGUCAUGAACCAUUGGCAUUUGCUUACAUUUUUCUUUUGUUUAAUCUGGAUAAUUAGUCAUUGAAUGAGGAAACCUUUUAGUACCAAAGAAAAAAGAAAACCAUCAGGUGGCUACGAGGAGGAAAGUAAGAAACCGCUGCUCAAGGCCUGAAGUGCUGAACUUAUACUCUAUUGUCCUGUUCCUUUGAGUUACACCAACAGCCAACACUACCUAAGUGCCUAAGUGAUUAUUUAAUGCUGAUAGUUUUCUUAAAUUGUUCUUGAUAGUGGUGAUAAAAUGAAUAUAUUUAGUGAUAAUUGUAUAGAUUUCUAAAUUAUAUUUAUUUUUUCUUGUCUCGGAAAAGGUGCAAGUAUAUCGUUGAUGUUUAGUUCCAGGUGCAUAUUGCCUUUAAAGGUUUGAAAGAUGUAAACUUAUCCCUAGAGUUCAUAUUUAAGAGUAAAUUUACCCUUAUUCAUUUCUAUAUAUAUAUAUAUAUAUAUAUAUAUAUAUAUAUAUAUAUGUGUGUGUGUGUGUGUGUGUGUGUGUGUGUGUGUGUGUGUGUUAAAAAAACGAAUAUUUUGACCACCGUUUAUAAUUCAAUUGAUUUAUUUUGAAUUAUCAAAAUUCAAUCAUCUUAUACACAAUAAGUAUUUCGAUUGUAUUAGCAUCAUAGUGUUUGUUAUAUGAAUAAUAUACCAAUCAAGUUCAAGUAGUAAAACAAUAAAUUCAUUGUUACUCAACCUAAACCGAGGAAUUAAUAUCCGUAUAAUGAUCUUGGGCAUUACCACGAACGCGCGUUGCGCGUUACGAAACUAGUUAUAGAUAAGUAUGUAAAACAGCAUUUGAAAUAAUAAAGAGUAUAUGUAAAGUAAGUAAUCAUGUAGGCACUAUAUUACCCUUUUAAUUAAUUUUAUCCGGCCAUUUGGUUCAAUAUUAUUAAAUUUGAUUGUGCACCAAAAGUAAGAUUUAGUUUUAUAUACCACCUAUGACUAUAUAGAUAAGAUAAACUCAUGCAGUACAAUCGGGUCAGUACCCACUGCAACACUCCAUGAAUUGAUCGAAGCUUUUAUUUGUUUUUGUUUUGGCAUAUAAUAAAAACAAAAGUAACCGAAUAACAAUUGAAUAGCAACUCUAAAACUUGUUACGUGGCUUAAUGGCAUCUACUUCCUUAUAUUUAUUUUUAAUAAAACAUUUGUUUGUUAGUUGUGCAUGUGACCUUCUGGCAGAGAGAUCAGACCUAUUAUUAUGUUUGUGACCUUGUAAGUGUGAAGUAUUAAUAAAUAGGAGAAUGGUCUAAACAUCCUAACUGUUAUCUCUCCUCAUGUAUAUCGAUCUUUCCUUUAGCUUGUAUGAUAACUUUACUGGUGCAGUGAAUGGUUCUUUACUUUUUUUCACUUUUCUCUUAAGUUAUAUUCUCCUUCCACAAGUUAAAGAGCUCAUCAAGACAGAUGAAAUAAAAUGACACUCUGGUACUUUAAAAGGAGAUGAUGAUUACUGAUGAUUUUGAGCAGAUUCGUGCUGAUAACGUAUUGUGAAAUAAAAAAAAGUGUAUAGAUAAAAAAUCUCUGAAUUACUUCUUCUUAAUAUAUGAGAAUUUCUGAGUUUCUGAGUUCAAUUUACAAAUGAUUGAUUACCCUAUUUAUACUAGUUGGCUAGGAGAUGAAUCAUCAAAGAAUGAUUCUACAUAAUUUGCUGGCAACAUCAAACCUAGCCAUCUGUCUAUUACAAGGACUUGAAUAGGAUUAGUGUCCUGAUGACAAGGAUGAACAAUUCACACUUGUCAUUUUGGUGAUUUUACAACACAUAAUGAUAUUUCCC